AUGCUCCCUACUCGUGCCAACUUCGUCCACAUCCUCGUUCCCGUCAAGCGCGCGAUCGACUAUGCCGUCAAGGUCCGCAUUGCCAAGGACGGAAAGGGCGUCGACACCUCGGUCAAGCACUCGAUGGAUUCGAGUACGGAUACAGUCACUGACUUGCAGAACCCCUUCGACGAGAUUGCUGUUGAGGAGGCCGUCCGCAUGCGCGAGAAGGACAAGGACCUCGUCCAGAGCAUCACUGCCUUCACCGUCGGCCCCGCCAAGGCCGUCGACACCCUCCGUACUGCCCUCGCCAUGGGUGCCGACACUGGUAUCCACGUGAAGGUUCCCGACAACGCUACUGUCGAGCCCCUUGCCGUCGCCGAGGCCAUUAAGAAGGUCGUCGAGCGUGAGGGCGACAAGAAGAUCGACCUUGUCAUCCUCGGCAAGCAGGCUAUCGACGACGACUCGGGAGCCACCGGUGGUAUGCUCGCUGGUCUCCUGAACUGGCCCCAGGCUUCGUUCGCCUCGAAGCUCGACGUCUCUGCCGACGGUGCCGCCAAGGUCACCCGUGAGAUCGACGGUGGUCUUGAGGAGCUCAAGACCAAGCUUCCCCUCAUCGUCACCACUGACCUUCGUCUCAACGAGCCCCGUUACGCUUCCCUCCCCAACAUCAUGAAGGCCAAGAAGAAGAAGGUCGAGACGAUUACCCCCGAGGACCUCGGUGUCGACAUCACCCCCCGCCUCGAGACCAUCUCCGUCUCGUCUCCUCCCGAGCGCCAGGGUGGUGGCAAGGUCGAGUCCGUCGCCGACCUUGUCUCCAAGAUCAAGGAGGCUGGCGUCCUCUAA